AAUGAGAACUUGUUCUCAACUGGCCUACCUGGUUAAAUAAAGGUGAAAUAAAUCAAAUCAAAUAAAUAAAAAAUGGGCUUUGGAUGCCUCUGUGGUGCUUUCUAAAGAGAUAUUGGAAAUCAGUUUCAUUACUCUGUGCCAUGAAAAUUGAAUGAAGAAUUCAAUAAAUAAAUCAUAUAAUCUAUAAAUACAUUAAUCUGUUGGUGUUUAAGACGUUACAGACUGAGGAUAGAGACAGGUUUGUGGGCAGAAUGGUUUAAUUUUACAUCAGGCUUGUGACACCUGAGGGUUUUAAACGGUAAGUAUAGUCAGGUCAAUUGAUAACUCGUUUUGGGAGAUGUAGCCUGCCCACUACAGCUUCAGGUGUACAAGUGUCUUUCCUAUAUGAUGGGACAUAUAAAGAUGAAUCAUACUGUAAACGAACCCUUAAAAACGUUUGCUCAUUGGGGCUAUAUUUUGGAAUAUGUCUUGCAGUUAGAGGAGCGUGCUCGUUCAUACAGUAUAUUCCCCUUGCAUGUUCUCUGCUGCUGAUUCGACGAUGGCCACGUCAGUUUUUGACUAGCCCGCCCCUUAUUCACCGACACUCUGUUGAAGCUGAAUGCACUAGCUGCGUUGUGCAGCUACGAGACCGGCCACAAGAAGACACAGUACUUUAUGAUACAUUCUGAAUUAUAAAUACGGAUUUUGUGGGUUAUCAUAAAAAAACUACUGGCAUUUAAUCGUGUCCUAUCUGUGUCAAUGUCUCUUAGCCUACUUGCCCAGCAGACGACAUGUUUUCAGUGAGGCCAAGUUUGCUUCCCAGAUCCUGAUAACCAGAGAGAACCAGCACAGACCCAUAGAGAGGGAGGUCAGAGCCAGGACAGAGCCCAGGAGAAGAAAGGCCAAAAAGAGGGAGUCUGGACGGUCGGACGAGGGCAAGAAGAGAUCCAGGGAUUAGGGGCUAAUCCAGGCCACAACCAAUCCCCAGAGAAGUCCCCCCUUUUUGCUUCUGAAAACACAGACAGCCGCCCGGAUUACUGCAUUAAACGUAUUACCUUUUAGAGACUUAACAUAACAGGGUUUGGUUUCAGCCCUGCUCAGAUGCCUGGAUAUGCGUACCUCUGAAAACAAAUGACCAGAAGGAGAGGAGGAGGAGGACAGGGCAGGGGGGAGAUGCUAGGACAUAUAGGAGACGUAUAGGAGACAUAUAGGAGACGUAUAGGAGACAUAAGAGACGUAUAGGAGACAUAUAGGAGACAUAUAGGAGACGUAUAGGAGUUGUAUAGGAGACAUAUAAGAGACGUAUAGGAGUUGUAUAGGAGACAUAUAGGAGACGUAUAGGAGACAUAUAGGAGACAUAUAGGAGACAUAUAGGAGAUGUAUAGGAGACGUAUAGGAGACAUAUAGGAGCGUGGGGAUAAACCUCUGUGCUACAGCUGUGUCUGCAGGAGUCAGACCAAAGGUCAACUAAGUGGCCCUCUAUCUCUCUCUUUCCAAGCCCCUUCGAGUCUGGUAAGGACAGACUCGACCCCCACUGAGCGUGGGCCAAAGAUCCUCCGACUGAAACAGGAUUACAGUAGAGCAGAGCUCCAGGCCCUUCUGUUAGUAAAGUAUGAUGGGGUCAAGAUACCUCUCCUCCUCUUGAAAUACAUGAUUGAAACUGAGGAGUGUCUGCUUCAUAUUCACACACAGGCUGAGAAGGGCAUGAUUGCUUUCGCCUCUGCGGCUCACAGUCACACAGGAGGGUUAGUAAGAGAUGUUGAGGUAGUGGUGUGAACUCUGACUGUAUGAAGUCUGGUUAUGACUGUCUGGUUAGUGCUCUCUAGAGGUUCAACAUCACACCUAAUAGAAGUCUGGUGAGUAAACCCCUGGUACUGCUCUCUCUCCUCUGGUCUGUGGUGUGAGGUGUGCUUCCUCCCUCUGCUGCUCCCAGCUGCCCCUCUUAAAACGCCAGCCAGUCGAGACCUAGAGAGAACCUGGGACUGUAGUUAGGAGCAAAUUGAAAGUCUGCUUUAACUGUGACCCAAUUCCAUUCAGAGGUCUGUUCCAAGUCAUUAAUAAAGCCAGGCUAUUGCGCGUGGGAGGGCCUCGGCAGUGGAAAGCACUUAAAAGAACCAGAAGACCUUGUCAGUGUACUCUAGAAUAUGAAAAUAUUUCGGAAAGCGAUAUCCAUUACUCCACUGGUUAAAGAGAACACAGGAAAAUGAUUUGCCCGUCUCCUGCCAGCGUUGACCCACUGGUGUAAAGUCAGAUAAGUGAUUUUCUUCGCUGACUUUUGUCAGUAUUUUGUGCACUUUUGGCCCUGUGUUUUUAUCUGCUGGAACAAACUUGGCAUGUUUGUAUACGAGGUUUCUGCUGCUGGUGAAAUCCGUUUGAAGUGCUGAAUGAGGGUCCCUACCCUGCUCUUAAAGACGGAUAAAACAAGUAUUUCAGUGAAAUAUGACGUGAUAUGAUUAAUUAGCCCUCACGUUGUAGCAAGACACAGGACGAGAGAGAAUCAAAAUACCCUGAAUCUCCCAGAAAAACCAGACUGACGUUUAAUUUGUUCACGAGAGCAGCGACAGGAGAGUUACUGUGGUCUAAAUUUAGAUAGUUCCAGAACAAUGGACUUUGGAACCCGGAACGUUGAUGUCUAACAGAAGGGCAGGGUCUGUAGAAAAAGCUGAUCCAGUUACUUUCUAACUGAAUGUUCCAGUUAGGGAAGUGUUCUGCCAGACCCCUACCUGGUUCUAUGUCAAUACACCAAAUCAAUCUCUAGCAAAGAAAGUCCCUUCAGAAUACCUAGACUGUUGUUAUAGCUGAAUUUGAGCCUCUCCUAGAUGGAGAGUCAAAUACAUUUUUUUUGCUUCAUUUUAAUAAAUGGUUCCAGUGUACAACCGCAGGAGGGAUAUUUGCAGCUGGUACUGGGGUUCUUCCCGAGCUGAUGUUUUAUAAACCCAAAGCCCAAAAGAACUGUCGAGCCCAGCGUCUCUGACCACACUCAAACUUGAGGCGGAUUCCAGGAACUGAACGGCAUACUUUUCUCCUCCAUUUCUCUCCACUUAAUCCAGCUCGAUAUGGAUGACAACAAACAGCAGCAAAUGGGACUGAAAUUGCAAACAGCACAUGAUAACAAGAGAAUACAAUAGAUUUCUCCAUUACUGAGGUUGACCCUACAAAACCUGAUGUUGAAAUUCUAUUCAAAACGAUCACAAUCAUUACUUUUGAGACACACAAUUCACCUUGGGAGCAUUUCUAAAGCAACUCUCCAGUAACAGUUUCUCCAAAGAUAUUUGAAACAAUAUUUUCAUCCCAUUUUUUAGAGGACUUAAAGGGAUUUUUGUCAUUUUUAGAAGACCGUACCCUUGGCCAUCACCAUGAACCUGGGGAAGAUCCCUGGGCUGAAGGGCCUGGUGGCCGGCUCUCAGGGGAAACGUCGUUUCAAAGGGGACCUCACCCUGGACAUGAUCAGUCCGCCGCUGGGGGACUUCCAACAUACCAUGCACGUGGGCCGCGGAGGGGACGUGUUCGGGGACACCUCGUUCCUCAGCAACCAUGGGGGGGCCACCAACAGAAACGGGGAUGCUGAUUCUGUCACAAGCCCUGACAACAAGAUUGGGGCGUUCUUCUCUCGGACCCUCCGGCGUGUUCGGAAGACACCAGAGCGUCCCAGGGGAGGAUCCAAGGACCUGUCCCCGCCACCCCCUCCCAUAUCCCCCAUUAUCAAGAAUGCAGUGUCCCUCCCCCGACUGGAUGUGGACUCACCAAACGGGUGCCCUGCUAAAAACCUCUUCCCAGCCUCUCCUACCUCCCUGGAGGAGACCACUUAUGGUUAUGGUUUGGAGUCAGGUUUCGCCACUCUGCCCCGCCUCUCCCGUUCAGCAGAGCGUCAGUCGCAACAGGGAGGAUCUAUUUCCUGUACCCCCAAUGCCCACGGCUGCUCGCUCACCGAUGUCUCCGCCCUCCUGAAGUCCUCCGCAUACCCCACCCUGACUUCUGACCCCGGUCACAUGACCCAGUAUGAGUCCCUGACCUCAAUGGCCUCCUUCACCUUUGACCUGGGGCCCUCCCUCAUGAGCGAGGUGUUCGGUUUGAUUGACAGCCCUAACGGCCACCUAGAGCCCAGCCAUGCCUGGGUGGCAGAUGAGCCAAGCUGCUCUGCAUUUGGGUUUGUGACCAAUGAAGGCUCGGAGAUGGACUCGGAGAUGAAUGCCACCACUGCCUCAUUGGUGGAUUCUCUGCUUCGAGAAGACUGUAGCAGCAGGAAGAGUCCAUAUGGGAUGGAGUGGGAAGAGGAGGAAGAGGAGGCUAGGAGAAUGGAGAUGAAUGGAGGUGGGCAGCAUCUUAAAGGGGCGGUGCCUGAUUUAGUGAUGGGCUCCCCGUCUAGACAGAGGCCUGCUAUGGAGAGUGAGAUGUUCCAGGGUGCCACUGAUGUGCUGGGGGUGCUCUACAGAGUUGGAGGGACCCUGAAGGGGCAGCAGAGGAUGGAUCUGGAGGGAGAGGUGACCAUGGGCCAGACCAUGAAGAAAACACCUUACAUCUGCAUUACCCCUGAUGAGGAGGAGGAAAUCAAAGUCUGAACAGAACCGACAGACUAAAUGGACAACAAUUAUUUUAACCAGAAGUACCUACUACAGAUUUGGGAUUAUUGCUUAAUUCCUUGUAAAUACUUUUGUCUUAAGAAAAACAUUUUUUUUCCAUCAAUGAGGCUAGCUUAUUGACCUGAGUCACCCUUGAACCCUUCUUCAUCAUAUUCUAAUAUUCAUUGGAGAAAUUGAAUUUUAUAAGUCGUCAGAAGACUCACUUGAAGACUUUGCUAUUAUUUGUUGAAAGAUUAUGGAGUCUGACAGUUCCCCAAGCGAACAUACUGUAUUGAAGGAGCUUGAACAGGCUAAUAAUAGCUUUUAAAAGAGGUCACUGGAACCAGUGGCGAACAAAGAGAUGGGAUAGAAAGUGUCAGAGUGUACCAGAGAAAGUGGUCGUUGGACACAGAGGAGUUACCAUGGAAACACUAAAGAUGUUGCUCAACAGUGUGUAAGUCUGUUAACAGCUGGUUAUAUAUAGUCAGUUUGGACUUCCUGAGCAAAAUGCUCAAUGUGUGACUUCAUAGAACUAUUCAAGGCAACAGGCAGGACACAAAGAUGAAGCAGUAGCCAUUUCUAGCCAUUCAAACACUACACCAAGAGAGAGAUCUCAAGUCUUAGAACAUGACGUUAACUACAGGAAAACAAUCAUAUUUUGGCUGGUGCUUACACUUUUUAUUGGUCUAUAGAUACCGUAUGAAGCACAAACCCUGAGAAAUUUACUCAGAAGUUAAAUAGAAUAAGGUAAUUUUGUACAAUGUUGUAGUAUAAGUAUAAUGUUUGGACAGUAAGUUUGUUAAUUCACAUAUUAACAUCAUACUCCAUUUCGAAAUGUUUCUCAAAUUCAUUAUGGGUCUAACUCAUAUUGCUUUUUCAAUUGAUAGUCACCUGCUUGUCUACUAUUCUGUCAACUAAUGGUUGAAUCCUCUUUUUAAAGCAGUGUCUUCUAUCCAUAUAACUGUGCUGCUGUUGACACCAAUGAGAUUUCUAUAAUGAUAAUAAUAAAUGCAAUAAAAUGUUUUUAAUUA